GCGUCACCGUGCGUGGGUUCAGAGGUGAGCGUGACUCCAUCAUGGCGGCUCUGAUGGGACGGUUGUUGCGAGCCUGCGGCGCGCGGGCGCUGGACCGGGAUGGCGCGUGCAGGAUCACGGCGGCGUGUUUGAAGGCGACACAGCCGCGUGCGCUGAUCGGAUCACUGCACGCUCCGGGCGCGGCAGGCGCGCGCCGCUACAGCUCCGAGUCCAAGGACGAGCUGCGCGUCCGGUACCUGCACGGGGAGGACGCAGGGAUCGUCGUUGUCGAGAUAAACCGACCCAAAGCCAAAAACUCUAUCAGCAAAAACCUGGUCAAACUGAUGUUUGAAGCCGUGGACGACAUCAAGAAGAACAACAAGGUGCGCAGCGUGGUUCUGUGCAGCUUGGUCCCCGGUGUCUUCUGCGCAGGAGCAGAUCUGAAGGAGAGGGCGAAGAUGCCGCAGAGUGAGGUGGGACCGUUUGUCUCCAAAGCCAGAGCCCUGAUCACAGAGCUGGGUAACCUUCCCGUUCCGGUGAUUGCUGCGAUAGACGGAGCCGCGCUGGGCGGCGGUCUGGAGAUGGCUCUGGCUUGUGACAUCAGGAUUGCCUCAAACUCUGCCAAGUUGGGACUCGUUGAGACCAAACUGGCUAUUAUUCCUGGAGCAGGAGGAACUCAGCGUCUCCCACGGGCCAUCGGCGUCUCUCUUGCCAAGGAGCUGAUAUUUGCAGCCCGGGUGGUGGAUGGACAGGAGGCCAGCCGCCUGGGUCUCGUCAAUCGCUGCGUGGAGCAAAACCAAAGCGGAGAUGCUGCCUACCUUCAGGCGCUGGAGCUGGCUCGAGAGAUAAACCCCCAGGGUCCCAUCGCCAUAAGGAUGGCAAAGCUAGCGAUCAACCAGGGAAUUGAGGUGGAUUUAUCCACAGGUCUGGCGAUUGAAGAGGCCUGCUAUGCCCAGGUGAUCCCCACUAAAGACCGCCUGGAGGGUCUGGCAGCUUUCAAGGAGAAGCGGCGACCUAACUUCAGGGGGGAAUGAGGCCCCUCCCACUCCAAUGUUCUCACCCUCAACACCUCCAGAUGAACCAAGAGCAAUCAAGGGGGUGUUCCACCCCAUCAUGGCUGCUGCGUCAGGCUUGUAACUGCUUUAAGAUCAAGGGAACCAGACUUUGGCCACUUCCUGUAACCCUAAAUCACUGCUGCGUGAACCUGCCCGUCCUGCAGGGGGCAGCAGAGUCCCGCUGAAGCUGACAGAAAAAUCCACAUUUCUGAAAAUGUUCAACAAGUAAAACAUUUUUUUUGUUCGGUCCCGUUGAGGGUUCGUCUCCACGAGUUCACUGUAAAUGUUUUAUUUGGCUUUGGCGCCCCCCUGUGGUGGAAACAUUUCCCAACGAACAACUUCGAAACCAUCAUUGCUACUUUACCGCAGAUCCAGACCGGCCCAGGCCGCAGCAGAACCGACGGAGCGCCACUGUCUGGGGUCACUUUGAGCAGGAAUGAAGAAAAGCUGGACUGGCCUGAUCUGUGCCCCGCCCUCAUGCUGGACUGAAGCCAGGACCGAUGAAUCCGUCUCGCUGCCGUCGUCAUGAUGUUUCCUUCAUCACUUUGAUUAAAGUCGAUCUGCGCUGAA